AUGAAGCUGUUCCUGAGUGAGGGGAACCCGCACGGGGUGAAGGUACUGGCCGCUGCCGGGAUCUGGGCUACACAGGUGGAGAUCCAGAGGCUGCAGCAGGAGGAAAAAGUCGUGCCCUUCUUGUCCCAGCCCAAACUGCCAGCACUAGAGCUUGACAAUGGGAAUUUCCUAUUUAUUUCAAAUGCAAUCUGUAGGUGUUUUUAUCAGUCUGCUGGGAAAGAGACGAGCGACCUCAUUAAUCAGUGGUUAGAAUGGGAAGCUACAGAGUUGCAGCCAUCUGUCUCUGCUGCUUUGUAUGCUCAUGUGGUGCAAGGGAGGAAGAAAAAGAAGAGGUUCUACAAACCGUUAACAAUUCUCUUGGCUAUGUUGCUCAAAGUCUUACAAAGAAAGAGUACCUUGCUGGCGAUGUGUUGUCAGUUGCUGAUAUUGUGGUUUGGGGAGCAAUUUACCCCCUCGUAAUAGAUGGAACAAGCCUGCCAGAUGAGCUUUCAUCUUUGAAGGGUUGGUUUAAAAAAGUAACUGAAUUAGACCAAUGUCAAAAAGCUGCUGAAUCGCUUCUGAAAGGCCAGGGACCAUCUGUAUUUAAAGCAUUUCUCCAAAAGCUCCCUGCACCUGUCCUGGUAUCUGAGAAAUCCCUCUCCAAUGAGCAGGAGGGUGAAGAUACAGCAGCCCGGUUGCUGUCGGAAGAGGAUAUUGCUGCUGCCACUGAAGCUUGGAAGAAGGGUCUGCAUGAUGUUCCAAAGCCAAAACCACAGCAGCAACCAAUACUGCCUAUUGAUGGUGAGAAAAACAUGUUGAUUACAAGUGCUUUACCCUACGUAAAUAAUGUGCCUCACUUGGGGAACAUCAUCGGGUCUGUGCUCAGUGCUGAUGUUUUUGCCAGGUACUGUCGGCUAAGGGACUGGAACACUCUUCUUGUGUGUGGGACAGAUGAAUAUGGCACUGCCACUGAAACCAAAGCAAUGGAAGAAGGGCUGACUCCACAGCAGAUCUGUGACAAGUACAAUGCUGUCCACACAGCCAUAUACAAGUGGUUCAAUAUCUCCUUCGACUAUUUUGGCAGAACAACAACUCCACACCAGACAAAAAUCGCUCAAGACAUCUUCCAUCGACUACUGGAAAGAGGCUUCUUGUUGGAAGACACUGUGGAGCAGCUACGGUGCGAGACCUGUCAAAGAUUCUUGGCGGAUCGUUUUGUAGAAGGAAUAUGCCCCUUCUGUAACUAUGAUGAGGCCAGAGGUGACCAGUGUGACAAGUGUGGAAAACUUAUCAAUGCUGUAGAGUUAAAGACCUCAGUGCAAAGUGUGUGUAAGCAGUCUCCUAUAGUUAAAUCUUCUCGGCAUCUUUUCUUAGACCUGCCUAAGUUAGAAGAGCGGCUGGAAAAGUGGUUAGAUCAGUCUCUUGCAACUGGAGAUUGGACUACCAAUGCCCGUUACAUAACGCGAUCCUGGCUCCGUGAUGGUUUGAAGCCACGCUGUAUUACUAGGGAUCUGAAGUGGGGGACACCUGUGCCACUGGAUGGCUUUAGGGACAAGGUUUUCUAUGUCUGGUUCGAUGCACCAAUAGGAUAUAUUUCCAUUACAGCCAAUUAUACAGAUCAGUGGGAGAAGUGGUGGAAAAAUCCUCAGCAGGUCCAACUCUACAACUUCAUGGCAAAGGACAAUGUCCCUUUUCACAGUGUUAUUUUUCCAUCAUGUCUCCUGGGAGUCGAAGACAACUACACAGUGGUCAACCAUCUUAUAGCCACAGAAUAUUUAAACUAUGAAGAUGGUAAAUUUUCCAAGAGUCGAGGAGUGGGUGUGUUUGGUGACAUGGCUCAGGACACUGGUAUCCCAGCUGACAUCUGGAGAUUCUAUCUGUUGUAUGUGAGGCCUGAGGGGCAAGACAGUGCGUUCAGCUGGAGUGAUCUGAUGCUAAAGAAUAACUCAGAGUUAUUGAACAACCUGGGCAAUUUUGUUAACAGGUACACAACUAGAUAA